AUGGCGACUCUCGACGACUUUAUCGGACGUUGGAAGCUCGUCGAAUCGGACGGAUUCGAGGAGUACAUGAAGGCGAUCGGAGUGGGAAUAAUCACGCGAAAAGCGGCCGCGCAUCUGAAGCCGACGGUCGAGAUUCUGAAAGACGGCGACACGUGGCACUGGAACCAGUACUCGACGUUCAAGAACACCAAAUUGACGUUCAAACUCGGAGAGGUUAGCACUUGUUCUGAUUUUUUUGUGAGCAUUCAAUGUAGUCGUAGGAAUUCGAAGAUCACAGCCCGGACGACAAGACGUACAGAUCGGUGCUGGUGUUCAAGGACGGAAAACUGAUCCAGAGCCAGAACAAGAUCCGCGAGCAAGACCACAGUUCCGUGUUCACCAGCUGGCUCGACGGCGAUCUGCUCAUCAGCACUUAUGAGUCGGGAGGCGUCGUUUGCCGUCGUGUUUUCAAGAAGGAAUAA